GUCAGGCAGCACUUGAGGAUGAAAGUCUAGCUGCCUUGGGAAAUACAGAGGCUUUUACUCUGAGGAUUCAAAGUCAGAAAGAAAUGCAUUAAUGGAAAAGUCAUACCCUUGUCUGUACAAUUACUGUAAAGAAAGAGGUUACAACUUCCGGAUGCUGGACCUAAGAUGAGGGCUAAAAGAUGGUGUCAGCAACAAUCACCGCAUGGUUUUACUUCACUUGAAAAUGCUGAAGAAGUGCCAGGAGUUGGGACACCAAACAUUCUUUGUUUUCAUUGGGCAAAAGCAUGACAAUCCUGUCAUCCCAGAAAUCAAAUCAAAGGAAAACUUAGACGCAAUUAAAGACACAAUUGAAAGCAUAAAGCUGGUUGCAAUAAAGCUAAAGCAGAAUAUGCCAAGUAGCUUACUACAUGGUGGCUCAAAAGAGGCAGUUCUGACUGAGAAAACAGAACAGGUAGAUGAUAAUCAGGCUGGUGUUACCCAAAAUUUUCUGGGAACUGACAAGUCAUCAAAAGAAAAGACAGUUGAGACCCACCCCAAUAAAGAACCAGAAUCAAAUAUUUCAGAUGAGCAGGAUUUGCCUAACGUGUCUCCACUCACACAACAUAAACCUGUGGUCGAAUAUGAGAAAGAACUGCAGCUUCUUAAUCAGUGGUACAAACUGGAUGAAAAUUUUGACCCAAGUGUUUACAGGCUUCUACCUAUCAGCACCUUUUACCAGGAUAUUUUCAGCAAGGAUCCUGUACGCAAACAACAAGCUCAGAGUAAAUGGCUGAGCUCUUUUCAGAAACUGCAUAAGAUAUUUCAGGAAUAUGCUCCAGUUGCUCUCGGCCAGGAGACCACCACCACCACACUACUUAAAACAGUUUUGCAGCAUGAGGUUGAUCAAGGAUUCCAGGUCCAAGGCUCUCCAGAAGAUCACUGUCAUUGCUUCAAGAGAAACAUCAGUGACAUACAAUACUACCUGUCAAGCAAACAGGCUUCAAAAUAUAUUGAUAUCCACCAACUGAGACUGGUGGUCAAUACAAGACCGUAUGAAGCACACCAGAAGUUCAUAGACAGCAUCCAUGCCAGGCUUCAGCACACUAAUAUCUAUGAGACAAGUGUUAGCUGGGGAAAGGAUGGAAUCAACCCCAUCAGCAAAAGAUCCCAUGCCUGCUACUUUGAACGCCUGUGCAGUGACUUUCAGAAAAUUGUCAUCACCCACUUCAACAGGUCAGUUACAUAG